AUGGAUAAUGGAGACUGGGGCCAUAGGGUGAAUGCUCCUGUUACCUUGAACGUAGGAGGCCACCUGUACACCACCAGUCUUUCCACCUUGCAGCGUUAUCCAGACUCCAUGCUUGGUGCCAUGUUCAGGGGAGAUUUCCCCACAACUCGUGAUUCCCAAGGGAAUUAUUUCAUUGACCGUGACGGGACGCUUUUCCGGUACAUCCUAAACUUCCUGCGGACAUCUGAGCUCACCCUUCCUGUGGACUUCAUGGAGACAGACCUUCUGAGGAAGGAGGCUGACUUCUAUCAGAUCGAACCUUUGAUCCAGUGCCUUAAUGAUCCCAAGCCGCUGUACCCUCCCGACAUCUUUGAGCAGGUUGUGGAGCUCUCUAGCACCCGGAAACUGUCAAAAUACUCCAACCCGGUUGCUGUCAUCAUCACCCAGCUAACCAUAACGACAAAGGUUCACGCCCUGUUAGAAGGUAUUUCAAACAAUUUUACCAAGUGGAACAAACACAUGAUGGACACCAGAGACUGCCAGGUGUCUUUCACCUUUGGACCAUGUGACUAUCAUCAAGAGGUGUCCCUGCGGGUUCACCUCAUGGACUACAUAAUGAAACAAGGCUUCACUAUUCGAAACACGCGUGUGCAUCACAUGAGUGAGCGUCCAAAUGAGAACACUGUGGAGCACCACUGGACUUUCUGUAGACCAGCUCACAAAGUUGAAGACUAAUUAAGUGUUGGAUCAGUAAAGAGCAAAACCCAAAAGCAGUCUAUAAAAUACAGACUUCAGUCUCUGCAUCGCUGAUGUUUUUAUGUUUUGCUACCCUGAUCAAGCAAAACACUUAAUUUGUGUAAGUAAUGGAACUUUGACUCUUCUUCUGGAAAAGAACAUUUCUUGGAGACUGAAAGCCAUAAAAUAGAGAUUUUGUUUAGUUUGGUAGACAUUUAGCACACUUUGCUGGUGAACAUUCUCAGUCCUCCAGGACAUGGUAAAUUAAACAAAAGGUUAACAAAACAACUGGACUUUAUUUGUAACUGAAGACGUUUUGCUUCUCACCUGAGGAGCUUUCUCAGUUGAAGGGAACAAGGAGUGUGGGAUUU